UAAUACAAGCUACAUGUACUGUAAUCAUUACUUAAUAAAUGAAUUGAAACUCAAUUUGUAAAUAACCCUCUUGUUAUCAGAUACAUCAAAGCACUGGAAGCUAUUCGUAAAUUUAGACAAGAACAGGCCCAAACUGUGAAAGAGUAUUCCAUAGACUUGACCCACUUAAAGGCAAAGAAGGAAAAAGCAGAAGAGAUAGCCAAUGAAAUGAGAGAAACACAAGGAAAGGUUGAAGCAUCCAAAGACACAGUCAAGGAGCUGAAUAAACAACUUGAACCAGUAGAGCUGAGGUUAGCUGAGCUUGCAAGCAUUGCAGAUGAUGUGUUUCAGCUAGAGAAAAAAGUUGAGUCCUUGUCAACAGAAAAGAGGCAACUCUUAAAGGUGGAGGCAGAUCUCAAAGAAAAAAUCACAAAUCUCUUUGAUGGUUCUGUGGAGGAACUUCACCAGAUCUUUGAAGCGUUUCGAUCAAAAGUAAUGGAAAAGGAAAAAACCUUGAGAGAGAAUGAUCGCAAACUACAGACGCUGAACGAAGACCAGCAGAUACUGACUGCUGACCAGAAUCAGCUACUGUUGGAUCAUGGGAAACUUGAACAGAAGGCUCAGAGACACAAACAGAAUCUAAGUGAGAGAGACCAGUAUAUUACAGAUCUUGCUGAGAAGUAUGACUUCAGAGGUUAUGAGAAAGGCCCCUUUUCUGAGGAAAAAGUAGAUCGUUUUCUUGGAGAAAUGAAGAAAAAAUAUCAAACCGUUAUUGAUGACACAAAACGUCAAAGGCAAGUAUUUGACGAGAGCCUGAGCAAGGUACAGAAGAAACUUGACGAUAUGAAGAAAAUAUCAGAGGCUCUUAUAGGUUACAGAGGUUCAGUACAGUUUCCUUUUAACUUGCAGGAGAGAGAGCUGGAAGGUGCUCAGGAAAGUGGCAAUGUCAAUGUGUUAGGCAAGGAGAUUGAUAAACUGCAAACUGACAAGCGUGAAGUGGAUAAUGAACUACGUCGGCUAAGAGAAGAACAGCAAGCGAAGCACAUGCAGUCCACAACUCAAGCUAAACUGGACAUGCUGGCCAAAGACAAGAGCAACAAAGAGGAUGCUAUCCAGAAAAUUAUGGACCGUCAUGAAGAAGAUCUGAAAUCCACGCUGGGCGCACGUGGUACGUCAGAGAGCCUGCACACGAGAUUACAAGAACAUGUGAGUCUCAAACAAAGAGAACUGAAGGAAAUGAGAAACAAUCUACAGAAACAGAAACAACUACUGUCCUCCAAACAAAUGCGAAAAAAGAUGAUCACAGAGAACUUAAAAGAAAAGGAGAAUGAGGCACGGCAGCACAAAAGGCAGAUAUCUGAGGCGUGUGGGGAGAAUGACUAUAACACCACAAGGGAAAUCAUUAGCAACAACAUCGCCUCUCUACAAGAUGAACGAGGUAUUAUUGGCUCAUUGGAGAAAAUCUAUUCCAAGUAUGUUUCUAAACUGGAGAGUGAAGAUGUGCACACGAGUGGCUGUCCUCUGUGUUAUCGAACGUUUGAGAACAACAGGCAGAUUGGUGCUCUUGUCGCUGAGCUGAGGACUAAGAUUCGAACUCUGCCCGAUAAAAGAGUAUCAAACGAGAGAAAUCUUUCCAAUGAACAAAAACGCUAUGACCGCAUUCUUGAACUGGCCCCAGCCAAAGAAACUUUGGAAUCUCUCGAGAACAAUGAAAUUCCUGACGUUAAAAUCACACUGGAAGAGACAGAAAGAGAAGUGCAAAGAAUUGAAGAGGAAAUUACUGAGCUUGAAGACCUUCAAAGCAUAACUGAAAGUGAAGAACAGAGUGCCCGACAAAUGGAACCAGACAUCCGCAUGUUGGACAAGUACAAGACAGAGCUGAAGGAAAUGGACAGGAAUAUAUCUUUGCUGCAGUCCAAGCUACAUGGAGUUGCUCCUGGUCGCACCAUGCAGUCGGUGUCUAACGAAAUCGCGGACAGACAAGAUCGAUCGGACACUCUUAACAACAACGUUGACAGAAAAAGAUCACAGCUGAGCCAACUACAACGGCAAAUUAGUGAGCUGGAAAGUAACGUACAUGAUCUCAAGUCACAGAAGCUACGCCUAAAAGCUCAGUUACAGACGAGAACACACUUAGAGCAACAGAAAGCUGAACUCACCGCAAACAACAGUGCCUUUACAAGAGAGAUUAAGGAAGCAGAGACUGAACUAACUCCUAUUGCUGCAAGACUUGAAGAGCUCCAGGCUGAAAAACAGGGCGUUGUCAGUCAGAAGGAAGCUGCGGACGAUGGGAAUCGCAAGUUGCUUAACGAAAUAAGGACGAGCGGAGACAAAGUGCAUGAAAAAACCGCUGACAUAAGACGGUACGUGAAUCAAGGAGGCAACACAGCUUUACAAGACAAUGAAUCUCGCUUAAAAGAACUGAAGGAACGAGCAGAGAAACUGAACAUGAAUAAAGAAGCUGUUUCCAGUGAAAUUGAUAAAUUGAAGAAUGAUAUCUCUAAACAGCAGAUACGCGCUCGUGAACUAGAGGACAACAUACAGCUAAAGAGUACUCAAGAAGAAAUCNAAUAA